UAAAAAGAAAUCUAGUAUUUAAGGAGUUAUGUUCCUCACACACAACACUGUCUUUUCUUAACAACCUCAAAUUCCUCAAAAAUCUUUCUCUCUUCAUUCUUUCUUUUCACUUAUCUUCUAAUCAUUUACACACAUUCUUAGUAAAAUUAUUUGUAACCAACAAAAAAUAUUCUUCUUUAUCCUUAUCUAAUCUUCUUGAAAGGACUUAGUUUAAUUUGUGAUUAAUUAUGAUGGAUGCAAUGGAGAAAAAUUCAAGAGAUGUUGAGAGUGAUGAAAAAUUUGAAUUGCCACCUGGAUUUAGGUUUCAUCCAACAGAUGAAGAACUCAUAACUCAUUACCUCUCUCAAAAAGUUCUUGAUAAUUCUUUUUGUGCUAUAGCCAUUGGUGAAGCUGAUUUGAACAAGUGCGAGCCUUGGGAUUUGCCUUGGAGGGCCAAUAUGGGUGAGAAGGAGUGGUAUUUUUUCUGUGUAAGGGACAGAAAAUAUCCAACUGGUCUAAGGACAAAUAGGGCCACAUGUGCUGGAUAUUGGAAGGCAACAGGUAAAGACAAAGAGAUAUAUAGAGAGAAGAUACUAAUUGGAAUGAAGAAAACACUUGUUUUCUACAAAGGAAGAGCUCCUAAAGGUGAAAAAACAAAUUGGGUCAUGCAUGAAUUCCGAUUAGAAGACACAUAUUCUUUGCGAAAUAUAUCCAAAAGAGCUAUGAAGGAGUGGUCUAUAUGCAGAGUUUUUGAGAAAAGUUCUUGUGGAAAGAAAAUGGAUAUUCAAGAUUUGGUAAGUUUCAAUUCAAUUGGAAAAGAACUACUACCUCCAUUGAUGGAUUCUUCACCAUACAAUAGUGAAACAAAAGCUACUAUUGAAGAUUCAUCACAUGUGACAUGUUUCAAUGAACCAAAUCUAAUUGAUGAUUAUCAAAUUACACAAGACAAUGACAAUAACAUAGUUGGUAGCUUUGAUACUCCUAUGUUAACAUCUUCAUAUUCUUCAAACCCUUCUUAUGAUAAUAUUUCUCAUGUUUCAUGGACCCCUAGUUUGUCACACCAAUCCACACAAGUUGGAAAUUCACAAUCCUUUGAUGUUGACAUUUCAUCUAUGAUGUACAACAAUGAAAUGUUUCAAGAUUCAUAUGUGAAUGAAGAAUAUUCAUCAGAUUUAGUAGGACAUUUUGACACUGGUUGCUUAUGGAAUUAUUGAAGAUGAAGGUUGGAAGAUAUUUACUAGGAUUUUAUGAUUAAAAGAAAAAUUAGGAGUUAACUUUAUAAUAAUACAUGUAAAUGAAUUCAAUUUAAGUUAAUAUUAUCCUUGAAAAUCAAGAAAAUGGAUGUAGUACUAAAAACUUGAUU